AUGGAUCUCAAGUUCACGAGCGACCAACUCCUUGCCAUACAACUCACUCUUGAGAACUCUGACAGGGUAAAGCGCUGGCUGCGCACUCUUCCAGCGAACCCGAUCUCCCCCGGCAAUGGAUCCAUCUCCCCGGACUUCGCCAAAGCGCACCUCAUGGACAGAUGUCGUCACCCAGACUGCGCCUUCCAGGUUCGAUUAAUAUCAGUUCACAACCAUACACACCACAAGGGGAUGCCUCUGGACCAACUAUACCCGGUAACUUGGACCUCAUCUGGUGGUAGCACGAGCACAGGAACCACUUUCUUGACCGCAAAAUCCCACCAAACAGCAUCAGAUGGGGGGGAAACCAAACCAGAAGAACCAAACGAACCAGAGGAAUUAAAAGAGCCACAAGAACUAGAGGAACUUGGAGCAUCGAUGAAACCAGAAGAGCUCGAGAAAACAAAGGAACCAGAUGGACUAGACGAACUGCCCGUGCCGGAAGAACUGGAGGAACUAGAUGAACUGAAACGACCAGAAGGUCCUGGAGGACAGGAGAAACAAACGCAGCCGGAGGAACGAGAGGAACACAAGAAGCUGGAGGAAGACGACGUACUAGAGGUACACAAUGUACCAGAGGAGGACGAUAAAUCGGGGGUACACAGCGAACUGGAGAAACACGAUGAACCGGAAGAACUGCCGCCACGAAAACAGGCGGGUGAACGACCAAGGGAAACAGAGGAGAUGGACUAUUUGGCGACGAGAGUGAAGGAGAGGAUGGAGAAGCCACGGAAGAAGCCACAGAGGAAGCCAGAGGCUCUACACACGCCUUUCGAGAUAAACCUGUACCAAGCAUCAUGGUUUCACAAACUCGACUUGUCCGAAGAGGGCUCUUUACUAGAUGAGGAAGAUCUAGACUUCCUUGCCUCGAAACCGUUCGAGGAAUCCACACGACGGCAGUUACAGCGGGGCCUUCAGCAGAUGUUCAAGCCGCCUUCACUACCCAUUCGGCCAAGACUAAGGAAAUGGAAGCAAGCGGUAAUAAAGCGGCUAGGUAAAGGAUAG